CAGUAUUUUCUCCUUCAAGUUCGAAAUCCAAAAGCAAAUUAACGCCUUUUUCUUCUCUUUGCUGAGCUCUCUCCCCCAACAUCACCAUGGCAGAUAGGGUAUACCCUAAACAAGCGACAAAUGGCACCGCCGCCGCAACCAACCCUUCUUUUCCGGCCACUAAAGCACAACAAUACGGAGCCUCCCGCCCUGUCUACCGUCCACAACCCGAACGCCACCGCUACCGCCGCUCUUGCUGUUCUUGCUGUCUUUGGACCACCAUAGCUAUUCUCGUUCUCAUCCUCAUAGCCGCCGUAGCUUCUGCUAUAUUGUACGUCCUUUACCGCCCUCACCGUCCUACUUUCACAGUUUCCUCCCUCAAAAUCUCGGCACUUAACGUAACCUCAGCUUCCAAGCUGAUCACCAACAUCAACCUAAACGUCACAGCCAAAAACCCAAACAAGAAAGUCGUCUACAGUUACAACCCAAUCACCGUAGCGCUUGUCACAGACGACGACAUCGCUAUUGGGGAAGGUUCCUUCGGUUCCUUCGUGCACGGAACUAAAAACACGGCCCUCUUGAAAGCUGCCAUAACUAGUAGCAACCAAGAACUCGAUGACGCGUCAGCUGCCAAGUUGAAGAAAGCUUUGAAGAGCAAGAAGGGGCUGCCAUUAAAGAUAAAGCUCGAUACUAAAGUGGAAGCAAAAAUGGGAGCAUUGAAGACACCAAAGGUUGGGAUAAGGGUUGUUUGUGAAGGGAUUAAAGCUACCGGCCCGAAGGCAAAAUCAGCAACCACAGCUUCAACUUCUAAUGCAAAAUGUAAGGUUGAUUUGAGACUCAAGAUCUGGAAAUGGACUUUCUGAUCGACGAGAAUAUUUUGAGAAAGAGAAACAACGGAGAAGAAAAAGGUUUGUUGUUUAUUUUAUUUUAUUACUUUUGUUAUUGUUGUUGUUGUUGUUUUUUUUUUUAGGGAGGUAAUAUGUUUGCAAAUUGGGUGAUUUGAUUGUAUAGGGUAUAGAAAAAUGUAAUGUAUACGUUAUUUCUUUUCUUUUCAAUAUAUAUUUUGGAUUUUUCA